AUGUCGAUAAUCAGCUCCAGAGCUCUGCGGAGUCUGAGAGCAUGUCCAAAAUGCUCGGUCACCAGCAAGUCUCGUAUCCUUUCAACAGUAGGACCAAGGAUGAUCAGUCGAGCGAAUUCAACGAUAUCACCGAGAUCUAUCAAGCCUUAUGUACCCAAGGGUGGGCCAAAGGCUCAUCAUGGCCCACGAGCAAAGAUAACACAUGAUAUACAGGAUCUAUCACCCGCUCUGGAAAAUCAGAAAGUAGUCGUUGCUGGAUGGCUAUUCUCACAGAGACGAGCUUCCGAGAACCUUCAUUUUUUCACCAUCCGAUCAUCCACCUCCUCAGUCCAACUUGUCUCUCGUCUGAAAGAUGCUUCUCAAGAUCUGAUGGAAUGGCCCUUGGAGAGCGUGGUGUUGGUGGAAGGUACGGUGAAGGGGAGAAAGCAGAAAGCGAAAGGUGCGAGUGCUCCAGUCGACGAGGUGGAGAUAGAUCUAUCUCAGAUAACCCUCCUGAACCCCGCCGAUGCUCAACUACCCUUCUAUCCCAACAGACCUGAAAUUGCUAACGAAGAUCUACGAAAUCAAAAUCGUUAUUUGGAUUUACGACGUGCCGAGUUAGCUGAAAAUCUCCAGACGAGGAGUAAAGUCGCUCAUAUAGUUCGAAACUACCUGCAUGAUAAUGGUUUCACCGAAGUAGAGACUCCCAUACUGCUCAACUCCUCUCCUGAAGGCGCCCGAGAGUUCUUAGUACCUACCCGAACACCCUCUUCAGACGGUUCACCAAGAUUUUACGCCCUCCCGCAAUCUCCUCAGCAACCCAAACAACUUUUGAUCGCUUCGGGGGCUAUACCGAGGUAUUAUCAAAUUGCGAAAUGUUUCAGGGAUGAAGAUGGGCGGAAGGAUAGACAACCUGAGUUCACACAGAUAGAUCUCGAGAUGGCAUUCGUAGAUGGUUCAGCACCGAAUGCAGCGAUCGCGAAAGAUGGUAGUGCGGGCAUGAGAUCGACUUGGGCAAUUGGUGGAUCACAAGUGAGAGAGAUAAUUGAAGGUUUAGUAAAGAAGAUCUGGAAAGAUAUCAAAGGUGUCGAUUUGGAGGGGUGGUUCAGAGUUAUGCCUUAUGAUGUUGCUAUGGAUGUUUACGGAUCGGACAAACCUGAUACGAGGUUUGAGAUGUAUACCUUGCCUAUAGGGUACUACCCUACACUCUCUGACGCCUCUCUCGAUAAGAUCUUACUUGAUCAAUCACCAUCAACAGUAGAAUUCAUGAUUGUCCCUGCUCAUCAAGCGGAAGGUUUAGACAUUCCAUCUCUAGCGAAGAGCAGUCAAUUCAUCGAUUAUAUCAAGAUCACCGAUAAGAAUAUCUACACUUGGCAGAAUGAAUCAGUCUUGACUGCUCCUAUAGGGCUGGAACAGGAUAAAACCUUGCCAGCAGGUGUCAGACCCGGUGAUGUCGUUUGGGUAUCUAGGCGAAAGAAGAUUGCCGAGGGCGGAUGGACACAUCUUGGUAGAUUGAGAGUCCAGAUAUCUGAGAUACUAUCUUCCAAGGGACUAUUGCAACUCCCUAUUCAACCUCAUUUCCUAUGGAUAACGCAAUUCCCCUUGUUCACCCUAGCAGACGAAGAUAAAGCGCAAUUAUCAAAAGGUCGAUAUGCCUCGACCCAUCAUCCGUUCACUUCCCCGAUGUGGGAAGAUCUGGAAGAUCUCAAGAAAGGUAAAGUAGAUGGUGUCAGGGGUCAACACUAUGAUUUGGUAUUAAAUGGACAGGAGAUAGGGGGAGGAAGUGUCAGGAUACAUGACGCUGAGUUACAGGAGUGGGUGAUGAAAGAGGUUUUACAGCUCGAUGAUGAAGAGAUUGGCCGGUUCGAUCAUCUUCUGAAAGCAUUACGAUGUGGUGCACCACCUCAUGGAGGUAUAGCUCUGGGCUUCGAUCGAUUAGUAUCAAUCUUAUGCGAGACGAGAUCAAUCAGAGAGGUAAUCGCAUUCCCUAAAUCAGGUACAUCAGGUAUCGAUCCUGUUUUCAGAUCACCUUCGAUAUCUUCAGAUGAAGUCUUGAAGGAAUAUGGUUUGACGAGUUUGAAAGGUUUACGAAAGGAGGAAGUGAAGGAGGAGGAAGUGGAAGAGAUUGAGGAGAAAGAGAAAGACAAAGAAGUAAUCAAAGAGAAAAUCAUUGAGGAAGACGGGAAAGUAAAGAAAAGUGAGAAGGUAUUAAGGGAGGAACAGGACAAAGAAGUGGAAGUGAAUGACAAGGAGAGAAUUGUAGUGGAGGAGAAAUAG